AUGUCUUCCUUAUCACUCCGUUCCAUACUUGAAACUUCAAAAUUGGUUGGAGCCAAUUAUGAUGACUGGUACCGCAAUCUGAGAAUUGUUCUCAUGCAUGAAAAACUUAUCAAUAUAAUUGAUAAGCCUGCUAUAACUGCACCAGCUGACACAAAUGAUGCUGAAGCAACCAAGACCUAUCAGAAGUACUUGGAAGAAUGUCUUUCUGCAAAAUGCAUAAUGCUAGCAUCCAUGAGUCCUGAACUUCAGAGGCAACAUGAGGAUAUGGAACCACCUGCAAUCAUCGAGCAUCUUAAGAAGAUGUACGGUGGACAAAGUAGGACAGCUAGAUACCAGUUAUCUAAGGCUUUGUUCAGUUGGGGUGCACGCUUGGAAAGGAACUUUCUCAAGAUUUGA